AUAAUAUAUGAUAUCCAUUCCAGUCCUCUAGUCGAGCUCCAGGCGGCCGGAGCGAAGUCGGAGCAGUAGCGGUUUCCGGCAAGAUCCAUACCUAGAGGAUAGUUAAAUUCAAGUAUCUGAUACUUUACACAUCAAUGGCUGUCGCGGUUCUCUCUUCUCCCUUUUUCAGUGUAAAUAGGACUACUUUGGUGAGUGCAAGAGCUUUGGCAAUUAUAGGAGCAUCAAACAAACGUAGUUCCAUUGCCCAAUUUCCACGUCAGUGUUUAAGGGGGAAACAUGUUAUUGCUGCUGCACAUGAUGAAGAGGCUUCUGCAAAAGCAUCUUCAUCUCUGGCAGAUAAGGAAGAUCCAACCAUAUUUGACAAGAUAAUAUCCAAAGAGAUUCCUUCGAGUAUAGUGUAUGAGGACGAGUAUGUCCUGGCAUUUCGAGAUAUCAAUCCGCAAGCUCCUAUUCAUGUUGUGGUUAUACCAAAGUUAAGGGAUGGGUUAACACAGCUUGGCAAGGCGGAAGCAAGGCACGAAGAAAUAUUGGGAAAGCUUUUUUAUGCUGCAAAAAUUGUAGCAGAGAAAGAAGGUAUUCUUGAUGGCUUUCGAGUUGUUAUCAAUAGUGGCCCUGCCGCAUGUCAAUCGGUUUAUCAUCUUCACCUACAUGUGUUCGGUGGAAGGCAAAUGAAAUGGCCUCCCGGGUAGAAGAAUGCGAACAAACUCGGUCGAUAUGUUGUUUUGGUUCAUUAGAAGGUGGAGCCAAAUGGGGUUAUAACAAUUUUUAGCCAAUUUUUUUUUUAAUUUCUUUAUUUAAGUGAUAAAAUGAUAUACCAAAAAGGCUCAAAUUAUUGAAUCUA